GCAGCGCCGGAGGUGUGGUGCUGUUCGGGUGGUGCGGGGCUGUCCGGGAGGUGUGAAGCUGUCUCGGGGUUUCAGAGCCGUCCUGGACGUGCGGGGCCAUCCCAGGGCCGCUGCGCCGCGGGAGCUGGACGCGGGAGUAAUUGUUGAGAGCAUUGCAGUUUUGACCUGUUACGACAGCAGUAUGGAGAACUGACAUUUUAUUGUCCAAGAAUACCGCAAGACAAAGCCGCGGAGGAGGUGGAGGUCCAUGCGCUUGUUUGCAUUGACGGUGCCGGCGCAGCAGCCCCUCGCAGCCCGGUAGAAUAUUCUUUUCGUGGCAUUGGCACUGAUGAAGGACAGGAAAGUGAAUGGAUCUUCAGGAGCAGAGUUGCUAAAACUGACAGAAAAUGGCAUAUCGAAGAGAUGAAAUGUGGUCUGAAGGGCGAUAUGACUAUGAAAGAGUUCCGAGAGAACGUCUCCCUCCAAGGAUUCACGGUGAUGGUGAUUAUCAUAGAAUAGUAAACGUUGUGCCCAAGAAACCACCACUGCUUGAGAGACCUGGGGAUGGAAAUUACAGUCGGUAUGAUGAUUACAGUCAUGCUGAGUACAGAGACUAUGAAGAGGGUCGUAGUUUUGCCCAUGACCGAAGAAGUGGCCCUCCACACCGAGGUGUACGUAAGGAUGAAUCAGGAUACAGAUGGGCAAGGGAUGAUCAUCCUACAAGUCGGCAGCCUGAAUACAGGGACGUCAGAGAUGGCUUCAGAAGAAAAAGCUUCUAUCCUUCUCAUUAUGUGAGAGAUCGAUCCCCUCAUAAGAGGGACUCUCCUUUCUUCAGGGAAUCACCAGGGAGCCGAAGGGAUUCUCCGCACAGCAGAUCUGGCUCUAGUGUCAGCAGCAGGAGCUACUCUCCUGAAAGAAGCAAAGCCUAUCCUUUCCACCAGCAUAGCAGAAGUAUGUCAUCUUUACAUAAAAGAAAUAUUUCUUCUCAGCAAGGUAAAGAGAGGACACUGAGAACAUCGAGAGAUGCGUCACCUUCAGGGUCCACAGCAGUACCCUCAUCAAAGGCCUUGGAGAAGAGCAACAGACUAUCAGAAAAGGAACUUGCAGAAGCUGCAAGCAAGUGGGCAGCUGAAAAGUCAGAGAAGGCUGAGGAAAGCAAUUUACCUGAAAUAACAGAGUAUGAUGCUGGAUCUUCAGCUCCAUUAUAUGUCGAACAAACAGGGGAAACAGAAGCAAAUAUAACAGAUAGUACGGAAUUAUAUGAGGAUGGCCAGUUUCUUGGGCGCUCAAAAGCAAUUGCAACUAAGACAAAGGAGAUUGAACAGGUCUACAGACAAGACUGUGAAACCUUUGGCAUGGUAGUGAAGAUGCUAAUUGAUAAAGAUCCAUCAUUAGAGAAGUCCAUUCAGUUUGCUCUGAGGCAGAAUUUGCAUGAAAUAGGUGAGCGAUGCAUUGAAGAACUCAAACAUUUCAUUGCUCAGUACGAUGCUGCCAAUCAAGAUCUAUCAGAAUCCUUCAAAGAGGGCUCAUACUAAGGUCAGAAAUAUGCUUAUAGAUCCUCUUCAUUGUGUAUGCCAUAGUAUAUAAAUCUGCUUUUUGCAGGGAAAGAUGAGAUCUUUUUGGAGAUAUGAACCCAAGGCUGUGCUCCUUCGAGACAGCUCAGGUGGCUGUUUCCUUGUUCACUGUGGUCUCCACAAUUGUAUUGUUCCUACCUGUACUUGUUGACAUAUAUUCCUUUUAAAGAACGUUCUUUUGAAAAAUGUUGUAAAGCAAUAAACUAUUUUUGAAACCUUUACACUGUUAGCUUGUAAAAAAAUGUUCAGUCUGAUGUAUGCAUUCUUAUGUUUUGAUGCUUAUAAGUGUAACUUCAAACAUUGUAUUUUUUAUUAAAAUAAUAAGACACAGCUCUCAUUCAUCAACAUAUGCAGAAAUAUGUCUGGUUUUCAUAUAUACUAUAGGAAAGGAAGACUUGCAAAAUUGGUCACAAUUAUGAUUUAAAUAAUCUGUUUUGGUUUAAUUUAAAAAUUCAGAUUAAUUCUGUAAAAGUACACAAGGGGUUAACUCUAGUCUCUGACUGCUAGAGCAACUCUAACUGCUUGAUAUAAGAAGUGCUGUAUUUUUUUAUAAUUGUGCAUUCUGCAAAUGCCUUUUAAAUUUUGGUGUUUUCCCUAUCAGGACUCAUUACUAGUAAGCAGUAUUAUGUAGGAUGGAUUCUAAUUUUUUUUACUGUUUGUAUUUGCCAUGUUUUUGACUACACCACACAGAAUGUAACUGCAGGCAGCCACUGAGCAGGGAAAGUUCCCUUUUCCUACUCUGUUCCUCUCCCCCCUUACACCUUCUCACCACUUUUUCACCCAUCAGUUUUAACAAUAACGAGGCUGUGUGUAAUCUUUAUUUCCGACUUCAAGAAGGAGCAGGAAUUGGAGUGGCAAAGAUGGGAAAGGAAAGUAAGCAGUACCAUCUCUUUAGUAACCCCAGGUAGCUUUGGAUUAGGUGUAAAACGAAGUUGAUCCCUCAAGCCCCAAAUUGACUAUCAUUUCAAACCUAGGUGAUUCUGGGACCACUUUUUAUGUGAUAGAGCAACUUGUAUUUUGGGAACAGUGAUUGAGGAAAGUCAAGAGACUGCCAGUGAAAAAUAUUCAGGACUCGUUUGUGGAAUUCUGACUAUUGAAUGCAUUAAGAUAUUGUUUUUUAUGAACAUUCUAGAAAAGGGAUAAUUUGAGUCAUAAUCACAAAGAGGUAAGAAUAAGCAUGAUUGUUUUCUCUACAUUUGCAUUUAGGAACAUGUGAAACUCUAAAAGGACUAAUGACCAAACUCGCCAUUUCCAGAUUUCAUCAGAGUGGGGUGCAGAAACAUAAAUGAAAUAGCAUUGAUUUUGCACGUACAGGGUACUGAAUGUGUCACAGCAUCUUGCACACGCAAAUCUCCCUAUGGUGUAUUAAGUAUUCAUUGCAUCAGAUUCCUGAGAUGCCUGGUUAGUUCUCAUGUCAGUAGGGUGCAGUUUUGCAGUUGGCUUUUGUUGGUUUCUAAGAGUUCACAUUGCUCAGAGGAGAUGACCUGCAAGUACUCUUGUUGGCACCUGUGUGAGUCGCACAGUAGCGGGAAUCAGCUCAUGGGCCUUACAGGAUGCUAAUUUGGUGAGGGAGAGAGGGGAAGAGAGGCAACCUGUUGUGACACAGUAGUGAGACCUGACGCACCCCUUCUGGCAAUCUGUUUUACCAAGAUCAGUUGUGAACCACAGGCAAAGUUUUCUCUGAUGCAGAAGCAUAACUACAGCACUUCACUACUUGUCUACAGGACAGAGAACCUUUGGGGUGUUACAUCAGAGUUUCUGCUUUGGGUUAGAAAUGCUAAUGGAAAAAUACUGAAAUUGUGUGUAAUAUAUUUUUGAUUAAAAAUCUCCAUUGUUACUGUACAGUUUGUUAGGAGUUUCCUUUGUUAGAAGCCUUAUUAAAUUUACCAUGAUAAAAGUA